CCCUCCUCCUGUCUCCACCAGCUCCUGCCGCUCAAUCAUUAGAACCCUUCCCUCCUGUUUCCCUUCUCUUCUUCUCUCUGUUUUUCAUUUUUUUUUCUUUUUCUCCUUUCACAAUUCACAAUUCUCACCCGCCCAAUGUCGACGUCGGUGGAGGCCAACGCCGGAGCUUUAAUCGACCCGCAACAGCUCCCUUCUUCUGGGAACGGGUCUUUGGCAGUAGUCAAGAAACCGCCCGCUAAGGACCGCCAUAGCAAAGUGGAUGGUCGAGGGAGACGCAUACGGAUGCCCAUCGUUUGCGCCGCUAGAGUUUUCCAGCUCACGCGAGAGCUCGGCCACAAGUCUGACGGCCAGACCAUCGAGUGGCUUCUCCGCCAAGCCGAGCCGUCUAUUAUAGCCGCCACCGGGACCGGAACUAUCCCCGCCAGUUUCUCCACUAUUUCCGCCUCUCUCAGGACCUCCUCGUCCACUGCUCCUUCCUUAUCGGCUUCUCUCGACCAUAAGCCCAUGGCUCCCGCGCCUUUCAUUCUCGGGAAGCGGCUCCGGGCCGAGGAGGAUGGCCUGGAUGACGGCGGCGCCGGGAACAAGGAGGUUGUCGGCUCAGCCGCAGCAGGGUUCUGGGCGGCGCUUCCGGCUCGGCCGGAUUUUGGACAGGUCUGGAGCUUCGCGGCGGCGGCGGCCGCUCCUCAUGAGAUGGUGGUGCCGACACCGGCGGCGGCGGCGGCGUUGAAUUCGCGGUUUUUCCAGCAGCAGAUGGGCGAAGCCUCGGCGGCUAGGGUUGGGAAUUACUUGCCCAUGGCUCAAGGGCACCUCAAUUUGCUAGCUUCUCUUUCCGGUACUCCGCCCCCUUCUUCCGGGAGAAGAGACGACGACGCACGCUGAUUGAAGCAAUUGCUGAUGCUGUUUGGUGUUAAUAUGACUAUAUAUAUUCCUGCCUUGUUGCUACUGUUUGCACUUGUUGUUCUGUAGAUGAUGAGAGAACUGUUAAUUUUUAGAUUUAGGGUUCUAGCGAGUGAUUGAUGAUAUGAAAUUAGGGUUUGUGAAUUCCAUGAAUUUACCAUUAGAAACUUUUAGGGGGUUUGCUUCAUUGCAUUGCUUAUGUGUCCAUUUUUUUUUUUUUUUUUUUUCCAGUUUUGAGUGUUGUAUUUGUUGGAUGAAGAAGAGGAAGAGACGAGAGCGAAUUUUGUGUUGGAAUGGUGGCUGGGAAAUUCUGCCUUCCGGCGCAAUAGAUCAUAAUAAAUUGCUUGUUAGGUUCAGUCGUUAGAUAUACUAGUUCUGAUCAUGCUGAAUGAAUGCCUUGUAAUGAAACCGAGGAGGUUUCGAAUCAAUUGAAUUCUGUAAUUUGUUGAAGACUGUCUUUGCACUGUUACCGUAUAUAUAUAUAGUGUGUGUGUGUGAUUUUAGAUUUCCAUGUUAUGCAUAUAUGUGUUUCCU